GAGAUGGAGGGCUUGGUGUCCAACGUGGAGAUCUGUAACCUGGCCUUUAACGGAAAGUUUGAGCAGCUGAAGGAAAGGGUCCUGUCGGACAAAACCCAGGCCACCAAGAUUGACCAGGAUAACCGGACUGCAAUUCAUUGGGCAUGCUCAGCAGGAUACACUGACAUCGUUAACUUCCUGCUCAAUUUUGGAGUACCAGUGAAUGACAAAGAUGAUGCGGGUUGGUCCCCUCUUCACAUUGCUGCCUCUGCUGGCCGGGAUGAGAUUGUGAAGGCUCUGCUAGGAAAAGGGGCACAAGUGAAUUCCGUCAACCAGAAUGGGUGUACUCCACUGCACUAUGCCGCAUCCAAAAAUAAGCACGAGAUUGCGGUCAUGUUAUUAGAAGGAGGUGCUAAUCCAGAUGCUAUUGACCACUUGGAGUCCACUCCAUUGCACAGGGCCUCGGCCAAGGGAAAUCUGAGGAUGGUCCAAGUCCUUCUGCAGUACAAGGCCUCUGCAAACAUCCAGGAUGCUCAGGGGAACACUCCUCUGCACUUAGCUUGUGAUGAGGAAAGGAUUGACGAAGCAAAGCUGCUGGUGUCCCAUGGAGCGAGUAUCUUCCUUGAGAACAAAAAAAAGAAGACUCCUUUGCAGGUGGCCAAAGGCGGCCUUGGUGCUCUGCUCAAGAGAUUGGUGGAAGGCUAGCCUGGCCUAGCACUUUGUCAGAUCUGCUUUGCGGCUGGUUUCUUUGACCACUGUUGUUGUAUUAAUGUCACCUGUUUUUUCUGGAAACUAAGAUUGUGCCCAAGACCAUGAUGUUAUUUCUCAAUGGUUUGUGAAAAUAAAGGUUUUCCCAUUUCAGCAUCUCAAAAAAAAA